AUGGCCGAGGAAGGUCGCCCUCGCCCGUGGGUGCUGCCACGCCUGAGCUGGGCCACUGUCCUGCGCCUUAGCCCCCUGCUGCUACCGCUUAGUUUCGCGAUCUGCUGUUUUAUCUGCUGUUACCAGUUCCGGAGACCACAGCAGACGCAGUUGGAGCCACUUGAGGUGCAUGUAGCCGAGUUACAGCUGAAUCUCACAGUUCCUCGGAAAGACCCCACACUGCGCUGGGCAGCCGGCCCAACCUUGGGAAGAUCCUUCGCUCAUGGACCAGGGCUGGAGAAGGGGCAGCUGUAUAUCCACCGUGCCGGCAUCUACAGGCUGCAUAUCCAAGUGACACUGGCUAACUGCUCUUCCGCAUACGGCACCGUGCAGCACAGGGCCACCAUGACGGUGGGCAUCUGCUCCCCUGCGGCCCACAGCAUCACCCUGCUGCGCCUGCCCUUUGGACAGAGCUGCACUGUGGCGUCCCAGCGCCUGACUCACCUAGCCAUUGGGGACGUCCUCUGCACCAACCUUACCCUGCCUCUGCUGCCGUCCCGCAACGCUGAGGAGACUUUCUUUGGUGUCCACUGGGUAUACCCCUGA